AAAAUAAGAAAUCAGGAAGGGGGCAAACACUUUUUCACACAACUGUAUAUAGUAUAACUAAACAAUGAACAGCUGCUAUACCUCCUAUUUAAUUCAAGGAUGUCUCAUUUGUUAAAUGCCUGCUGCCUUGACUCCUCUCUCCUCUGGUCUCUUUUUGCCUCCUCCGCUCGCAUCUCGCGUGGGCGGGACUACGACGCGAGGCGAGGAAAGGAAUCAAGGAGGCACAGAAAAUUGGGAAAUGAGAAAGAACCAUUAUCUUUCUUUUUUAGAGGCCAUGUCAGCUGGUGACAGCCAUGAAGAGGGCCGGCUGGUCCACCGUUAUGGGGGCGAGCCAGUCGGAGCGUUUGUUCAGCCCAGUCUCCGGCCACUGAUGCCCGCCAUCGCACACGCCAUGUUACUUGAUGUAACCCAUGACAACGAGUGUCCCAUACAGCUGCGUUCAGCUCUGGACUCCCUCCCCAGCUCUGCUAUGGUGUCCAUGGCCUGCUGUGCUACUGGUUCCACCAGAGGAUAUGAUGAAUUAGUGCCACAUCAGAUCUCUGUGGUGAAGGAGGAGCGUUUCUACCCCAAGUGGAGCCCCUCAGCGCCCCCCACCUCCACUGGUGAGGUUGGAUUCCAGACUGGCAUCAUAGCUGGGAAACUGGCACUCAACAAGCUGCACCAGGAACUGGCUUCUCAGGGAUUCAUGCAGGUGUUUGUAGACCAGGUUGAUGCAGAUAUUGUUGCAGUUACUCGACACUGUCCCAGCACUCACCAGUCGGUGGUGGCAGUGUGCAGGACAGCCUUCCAGAACCCUAAAACCCACCAGUACGACACCAACGUCCCACCCAUGUUCAUACCUGGGAAGAUUGAGGAAGUGGUGCUGGAGGCAAGGACAGUGGAAAGGCCUUCAGAGAGUUACAAGAAGGAUGACAACUGCAUCAACGGCAUGCCAGAAUACACCGUGGAAAUAAAGGAGCAUAUAUCGUUACAGGAGAGUACAGUGGUAAAACAAGCUGAAGUGACAUCUAAAGGUCCAUCAGAGUUCGUGCAGGAAAUCACCUUUCAGAAGUUGACGCCUGGCAGCAUCAUUGCCUUUAGGGUUAGUUUGGACCCCAAGGCCCAAAAGUUGGUGGGGGUGCUGAGGUAUUAUCUGUCACAGUUCAGCCCAAAAUACAGGAGAGGCAGUGUAGCAGAUGAAAACUCACCAGAAGCACUGCAGAAACCGCUGGCACAGCUAAUGUCCAAGCUGACGCUAGCAGAUCUAAAUGUCCUGCUGUUUCGCUGUGACUCAGAAGAACAAGAAGACGGUGGAGGCUGUUACAGUAUCCCAGGAUGGGACAGCCUCAAAUAUGCUGGACUACAAGGUCUGAUGUCAGUGCUGGCUGAUCUCCGUCCCAACAAUGACCUUGGCCAUCCUGUGUGUGCUAACCUCAGACAAGGGGACUGGCUGAUAGACUUUGUGUCCAACCGGCUGAUAGGCAGAGAGGGACCUCUGGCACAGGUGGGUCAGUGGUUGGGAGCUAUGUUUGACUACUUGAAGCACAUCCCACGCUACCUCAUCCCCUGUUACUUUGAUGCCAUCUUGGUCUCAACCUACACUACAGCCCUGGACGCAGCUUACAAACUCAUGUCCAGUUUCAUCCAGAACGGCUCCAGCUUUGUUCAUUACCUGGCGCUGGGUUCAGUUCAGAUGUGUGGUGUCGGACAGUUACCCGCCCUCCCUCCCCUUUCCACACAAAUGGAGGACGUUCCCUAUCGCAUCAGUCCAAUCACAGGCCAGAAGGAGCAGUGCUGCGUCUCAUUGGCUGCAGGUCUCCCUCAUUUCUCUUCUGGGAUUUUCCGUUGCUGGGGCAGAGACACGUUCAUCGCUCUCAGAGGACUGAUGCUGCUCACUGGAAGACACACUGAGGCUCGUAACAUCAUCCUGGCCUUUGCGGGAACGUUGCGUCACGGUUUGAUCCCCAACCUGCUGGGUGAGGGUCGCUGUGCAAGAUACAACUGUCGCGAUGCUGUGUGGUGGUGGCUGCAGUGCGUCCAGGACUAUGCGACCCACGUUCCUCAAGGCCAUGAAAUCCUUCACUGUCCUGUCACACGCAUGUACCCUACUGAUGACUGUGAGCCUAUGACACCUGGAGAGGUGGAGCAGCCUCUGUAUGAUGUGAUCCAGGAGGCUCUGCAGCGCCACCUAGAGGGAAUUUCCUACAGAGAGAGAAAUGCUGGACCCAAAAUAGACAUGCACAUGAGAGAUGAAGGGUUCAACGUGUUUGCUAAAGUGGAUCCAGCCACAGGUUUCGUGACGGGAGGAAACCGAUUUAACUGUGGCACAUGGAUGGACAAAAUGGGAGAGAGUGACAAAGCGAAGAACAAAGGCAUGCCUGCAACUCCAAGAGAUGGAGCCGCAGUGGAAAUAGUUGGUCUCAGUAAGUCAGCUGUUCGCUGGGUUGUGGAGCUACAUGCCAAAGGACUGUUCCCUUACGAUGGAGCCAAAGUACACCGAGAUGGUAAAAAAGUGUUAAUCUCGUACUCCCAGUGGAACCAGCAGCUCCAGCAGUCCUUUGAGCCAGGUUACUGGGUGUCUGGCAACCCACAUGAUCCCAAUGAAAAGCAUCCUGACCUGGUGCACAAAAAAGGCAUCUAUAAGGACAGCUAUGGAGCCUCCAGCCCCUGGUGUGACUACCAGCUGAGACCCAACUUCACUAUUGCCAUGGUGGUGUCUCCAGAGCUGUUCACAGUGGAAAGAGCCUGGGAGGCUCUCGAGGUGGCUGAGGAGAAACUCCUGGGACCGCUGGGAAUGAAGACACUUGACCCUGAUGACAUGGUGUACUGUGGUGUCUAUGACAACGCUCUGGACAACGACAACUACAACCUGGCAAAAGGCUUCAACUACCACCAAGGACCAGAGUGGCUGUGGCCGGUAGGCUACUUCCUGCGUGCUAAGCUCUACUUUGCCAAGAAGCUGGGAGAAGAAACCUACGCUAGAACAGCCACGCUGGUGAAGAACGUCCUGUCACGACAUUACACCCACCUGGAGAGGUCUCCAUGGAAGGGUCUGCCAGAGCUGACCAAUGAGAACGGCCAGUACUGCUCGUUCAGCUGUGAGACCCAGGCCUGGUCCCUGGCCACGGUUCUGGAGAUCCUCUAUGACCUCUAGACCCCCUGAUGUGAUGCAGUCUUACUCCCUGAAGCAGAACUCAUUGGAGGUCAUUAACACAUAGCUAGCUCUGAGUAGAACCACACAGAACCACUGAGCUGUCAAUGCUCAGAUGCACUUCACUGUUGUUGUGGUUGAUAGUGAUUCACAGGCUUCAAACUACACGUAUUCACAAUAGAUAUUUGACAGAACCGGAGGUGUGAUCACUGCACCUCAGUCCUCCCUCCGGCUCACAGUGCAUUCAUCUGAAUGUUGCCCUGUGCACUGCCGGCCUCCAACUAUCCUCAUUCACAAUAAACAGCUCUGCCAGCU